AUGCCUAAUACCAAAGAUAAACGUUUUAACAUUGCAAUGUAUAUGAAAGAAAGGAAAGAAGCAAGGUUUAAAGCUGUUCUAAAUCAUCGAUCGCUAGCGUUGGAGCACAAGAAAAGCGAGAGAAUUCAAGCCAAGGUAUAGAAACCUAAGCAAUGUAUUUGUUAUUCAGAUAUUAACAUUCUAUUUACUAUCAGUAAAUGUUUAACUUUGUUAUUAAUAUAAACAUUUACCUUUAUGCAGAUUGUAAAAGCAAAGGAAAAAACAGCUGCUUUGACAUCUGAUUUGGAAAACAAUAUGGUGAGUUUCUGCGACAAAUCAAAUCAUGUGGUAUAGUAGGAUUAAACCCAUUAAGCCGUAAUAUGUCUAUAUUUUGUUAUUUUACUCUGUCUAAUGCCAGAUGAUUUUACUCAUCAAAGUGAAAAUAUUGGACAUUAACCCAUUAUGCCCCAGCGCUCUCCCCUUGACUAGGAAAAUCGUCUGGCAUUAGACAGAGUAAAAUACUAAAGUAGAUGCAUCAGGGUGCAAUGCGACUCAAUGGGUUAACUAGACACAUGGGCAGAUAGGCCAGUUAACACAUUAAGCGCCAGCGUUUUCCCCUUGACGAAUAAAAUCGUCUGGCGUUAAACAGAGUAAAAUACUAAACUAAGGUGCAUCAGGGUGCAAUGCGACUCAAUGGGUUAACUGGUAAAUUACAGCAGCAUAUUUUGGUUCAUCUAUGCAUUUUACAAUUUACAUUAUAAUAUAGCAUUUGUAAAUUCUGAACGCUGAUUGGCUAAGAGCCAUGUUGAUAUAACUCAAUGUCAACACGAGAAAUUUUCCGCCGCUUGUAAACACGGAAUUUUUUCCUAUCCUUCGGGCUUUUGACAUUGCUAUAUUAUAAAAAAAUAUAAAACAUUUUUUCCGAGUUGAUAUAUAGUUAUAUCAACACUCGUGGAAGUUGGGAAAACUCGAAAUUGUAUGGAAACACGAUGCCUGAAGGGCGUGUCCCAAUUCCACUCGUGUUGAUAUAAAUGUAUAUCAACACGGAAAAUGUUUUAUAUUUGUUAAAUAACAGUCAACUAUUUACAUGCACAGGUAAUAUAUACUGUAAAUUUAAGUAAUGAUAUAAAAGAUUCUGGACUUUCAUGCAAGAAAUACCCCGUCAGAUAAACAAUUAUGAUUUUCGAACACUUUUUUCAGGUUUUUUACAAUUUUAUUAUUUAACGACAAUACCAGUACUGCUAAUAUAUUGCCUGCCUGUGCAGUUGUCUAUUUUGGCCUUGUUAUUUUGGCUCGGCAACAAUGGCUUCAAUUACCUCUAGUAUAAUUUGUUCGUGAUGGUAAGUGGGAUUUGAGAUGGGCCGUGACCAUUUGAUGAUCCUAAUUAAUUUGUAUUGUUAGCCCUGUAAUUCUGAGACAAGGACAAGAAAAGCUACGACAUUGGAGAAUGGGGUAUCAAAUAUGCCAGUUCGAACAGCAACAAAAAGGAGGCGGGAAACCAUGACAGCGGUAUCAGCAAUCCAUGGUGCAUCCAAGAAGAAUUUAAAGCCUGCUUAUGAUGGGAUGUUCGAAACCCUCCAGAAACGAUGCAAGAUGAAAGAUUUAACAAAUUAUGUAUUAGGUAAUGAGAAUUUAACUAAAACUGUAGUUUCUGAACAUUACAAAAAAGAGUUGAAAGAUUUUGAAAAAUCAAAAGAAAAUGCGGAAAGGAGUAUUGCUACAUUUUACUCAAGUGGUGGCAUGGGCAAGAGAAAAUAUCAAAGUGUUAGGCUUGUGCUUUCAAUGACAUCAAGCGAACAAGGUGGGAGAACGGGCAUAUCAAUUUUUCCAGGCUGCAAGGUACCCAAAAUAUUAACAUAUAAUAACCUUGUAAGAGAGUUGAACAAAAUUGAUAUUGGAAAUGUUUUGGAAAUCAAUAACGAGUACCUCAGUGACUUAGAAAUAGAUGCACCCAUCAAUGGCGCAUACAGAGAUCUAAGAGAGUACUUGCCACGUUUAGCUAAGUUCUAUUUGAGUACCGAUAGAAAACAUGCUUUAGAAUGGUACGGUAAAACUGAGGGUACAUUUUUAAUAGCACUAGGAGGGGAUGGUUGCCCAUUUGGGAAACAUGAAAGUGCCUGUUCAUUUUUAGUUAGUUUCCUUAAUGUUGGUCGAAAGGUAGCAUCAAGUCAUGAUAACUUUUGCAUUUUUGGGGCUAAUUGUGACGAGACCUCUCAAGUUGUAAAAAAAUAUGUGAGGUCUCUAGUUCAUCAGAUUGCUGAGUUGGACAAAAAGAUUUUCCAAAUUGAUGACUGGGUCACAAUUACCUUUAAAGUGCAAGAACUUCCUAAUGACAUGAAGAUGCUCGCCAUGCUUGCAGGGGAACUUGUCAUUAGUUCUAAGUACUUCUCCCCCUUUGCCAAUGUUUGCAAAGAUGAUGCAACUGACUUGCAGGCAUCUUUUGGUCCAGAACCAGGGCACAAAUGGCAGCCAUGGGAAUAUAAACAAAGGGUCAAUGUUGUUGGAAAGGUGGAAUCUUUUAAGAAAAAAAUUGAGAAAAAACCAUUAUCUUGCAAAGUUAAACGGACUAAAGUCACAGAAUUUAUUGCCUCGCAAAAGAGCAGGCAAGAAUUCCUGCCCCUUUUGGACAAAUACAUUGACCAGGCACAUGUGGAGCCUUUGCACCUAAAAAAUAAUGCCUGGCAAUAUUUUUUUAAGGGUGUUUUGAAAGAGGCCAUUCGAAAAUCAAAACUCCCAGUAAGUUGUAAGACAUUUUCUGAAGUACCCGAGGAGAGUGUUUUUGGCAGGCUUAUUAGUUCACUGAAAAUGCAUGUAAAAGCAGGAUGCCUUUGCAAGAAGGUUAAGCGGUGGUUUGAUGACACCCAAGGAUCUGGGCCUGAUUUGCAAUACAGGUUCACAGGCAAGGAGUCUCGUAGGUUUUGUCACAAUUAUAUGAGCUUAGUCAAUGCACUAAGUGAUGAUAAUGACACAAAAGCAGACAGACAGGCUAUCCUUGUCUUUGCCUACUUAGGGCAGAGACUACGGGACAGUGUGUCUCUCAUAAACAGAUUUGACAUUAAAGAAGAGCAACUCGCCCAGCUUACUCUUGCAGCACAAGAGUAUUUGAGGGUGAAUGCAAUGUUUUUGUCAACAUCUGUAAAUCCUACUGUUUGGACAUUGGGACAUAUUGUCCCUGUUCAUGCCCAACAAGUGUUUUCACAGUACAAUAAAGGCUUGGCUAUAGUCACCAUGGAAGGGCGGGAAGCCAAACAUAUUUUUCUUAAAAAAUUAAGUCAAAAUACAACUUAUCAAAGGCGGUGGCUUGAAAUAUUUAAGCAUGAAUAUAUUAUGUUAGUAUGGUUACCAGAACAUGGUUAUGAGCUCCCAGGUAACAAAAGCCACAAUGAAGCCUAUAUUCCACCUAGAAUUUUUGAGAAUCCAUCAUACUGCUACUGUGGUUUAUUAAAAACUAACCCUAGUGAUGCAAAAUGUUCAAUUUGUGGGGACCCAUUGAUGAGGCUUAUUGAAAAAAGUGUCACUGAGGGAAAGAUUGAUUCUGGUUUGAAACUUUAAUAUUUAGAAUUGAAACUGCAGCCUGGAGGAUGAAUGUUUGUUUUCGCAAUGACAGUAGGCUUUUGCCAAAAUUUUCAAACUGGCAGAAAUGCCUAAGCAGCAGUAACAACCAGUUAUGUGUUGUGGAGCUUGUUGAUAUAUGUUUAUGUCAAAGGUUUACAUGCUAUUUAAAAAUACAGGUUAUGGGUUUGUGCAUUUUUAAAUGCAAAAAUAUUUAUAAUAUUUUAUUAUUGUAAAUAUACUUUUUAAC